UGUAUAAAUAUUUUAAAUAUUUCAACUUAUAAUAAAUGGAACAAUAAAAUAAGAAACGACGCAAUUCCACAUCCUAACACACACACACACAUGCGGAAAAUACGUCGUGCACGAUACGCUAACACACUGUCAGUCGCUGAGAAAUUUUUUAUCAAAUUACAGACUAUGAUCAUCGUGCCCAAUGUCUUUCACUCACACAAGUAGCACCUGGGCACGUGAAUGAGAUCCUGACAAUGAACACGGAAUGA